AGAAAAAGAAGGUAUGUGGGUGACUUAUCUUCAUCAGACUUUUCUACACCAGAGAAGGCGAAGAAGAAUUUUCAUUUGAUGAAGAAUACUAUAACUGCUCUGAGAAAGAAGAGUCAUAAUCUUCAGGCUAGCAAUACAUACUUUAAGAAAAAAAUCAAGACAUUAGGAGGCUUGAUGAAGCUGCUUAAAGAAAAAUCAUAUAUAACUAAUUCGUCAGGGACUGUUCUUGAGGCCUCUUUAUCAACCUCAGGGCAAAAAAUAUUCGAGAGGAUGUUGAAAGGCCCAUCUUUACAAAAAUAUGACCCAUCUAUUAGAUGUUUUGCUUUGACGCUAUCUUUUUACUCCCCAAAAGCAUACCAGUUCGUAAGGAAUACUUUUAAUAAAUCUUUACCUCAUCCAUCCACGAUUUCUAAAUGGUAUCAGUCAAUUGAUGGCUCUCCUGGUUUUACUUCAGAAGCACUAAAUGCUUUGAAAGUAAAAAAGUUAGCGUCAAAAAACCAGAACAUCCUGUGCAACCUGGUCUUACAUGAAAUGUCUAUCAGGGAGCAGGUCGAAUGGACUGGGACAAAAUUCACUGGUUAUAUUGAUAUUGGAACUAAAUUUGAUUCAGAUGUUCUACCUCAUGCCAAAGAAGUUUUAGUAUGUAUGGUUGUUUGUAUAAAUGCUUCAUGGAAGUUACCUGUGGAUUAUUUUUUUUUUGGACGGCCUUACUGGUGUUGAGAAACCAGAGUAGUUAAGAAAUGUCUCACAUUUGUACAUGAGUCAUGAGUCAUAGUUAUCUCUAUAACUUUUGAUGGUGCUCCUGUAAAUUUUACGAUGUCAUCAUGUUUAGGUGCAGAUUUCAAGGACAUUAAUAACCUUAAAACACAUUUUGCUCAUCC